AUGAAGUCCAGCUCAGCCGCCCACCGUGACCCCCAUGGAUACACCACAUUCAGCAAACUCCCUCCUGGGGGUCCACGUAUACAUAUAUCUCAUCCAGGCGACCCUCCUUUGACGAGUAAAGGUCCGCAAACCUUAACGCAGCCACGCCCUGGGCCCGUCAUGGGAACGUUCUACAGAGCCCCCGAUCUCGGCUCUAGGUCCGGCGUACCGUUCCUUCCGCCUAUCGUCACGUCCGACAAUGCUAGCAAAUAUACUAGCAACGGGCACGCAUACCAAUACCCACCGCGAAACAUAUCGAGGCAAUCCCAACAGCAUCAACAUCAGCACCGACAUGCUCAAAGCCAAGCGGGACCAUCUCAGCCGGCUAGGUCUGUACAUCGUCCGUCUGAGCCGAAUCGUGACCAAGUCAUGCUCAAAGAGCGGUACCAGCGGUAUCAGCAAGAUCUGGAGCGACACCAGCAAGAGCAGGACUACCUGCGAUUACAGCGCGCACGCGAACAAUCGUUGGCGUCUAGGAUAGCUGCCCGGGUUGAUAUUCCUGUUGAGGAAAAACGUACUGGUGCUGCUAGCUCAGGAUUCAACUUUAUUCCACCGCCACCUCCCGGUCUAGCACCAUGGAUUCCACCUGCUUCAGCUUCAUCUUUCAAUGAGCGGGUGCUCGGCUUGCCUGAUGAGGUUGAUUUCGACUUCAUGCUUCGCCCAGAGAAUUCUCAACAGCAUCGACAGCCUUCCACUCUGAUUUUGCCAGGCCGACCGUCCUUCUCUACAGGUCCGACAGGCACCUCGUCUCGAGCUCGAGAUCCGCCAAGACGACCGGAUAUCCCGGCCUCCAAGCCAGAUCGACCGGGUGUUUCGGACGGGUUUCACCUUCCACCGGCUCUUCGACCUCCACCUCAUCCCGCUUCCGGCCGUCCUCCCGCCGUCAUUCCUGAAAGAACUCAGACUCAAGCCUCGAUUCGUUCUCCUACUGCCGAUAAGGUUGCACCUACGAACCAAGUACCUAUAAAGAUUCCCGCUUGCCCGACGGCGAUCGAUGUUAUCGAUGCGUCAGCCACAGUCACAGCGACGGUACAGGUGGCACCAGCUUCAAGUCCAGCACCAAUCUUGCCAGCCCAGUUAUCAGCUGCUGCAACUGCACCUGGAUUGGCGGCCGUAUCCGUAUCUGAAGCUGCACCUGCACCGGUACCGUUACAGACAAACGUAUCGGUAACGAUCCCAGGACCAACCUCGACACCGGAUCCGCUUGUAAUCAAGCUCUUCCCCACGAAAGAACCUUCGGUCGAGGCAGACAACGAGAAGGAAAGGAAAGAAAAAGACAGAGAGGGGGCGGGGGUCCAAGUGGUAGAUCUGACGGAGGAGGUACCGGAGGAUACGAUCCUAGUCAUUCGUAGUCCGAUCAAGCGGAGUCCUACCAAGCCUCCCAGCGUCGUUCCUGUUCCUGCCGCCAAACCUGCACCCCGGAGCCACAAACGAAAACGUCCCGUCUCACCCGACUCUGAUCUCGGACUUCGACCGAAACAUAACGCAGGACCACCUAUAUCAGGCCCUUCGUCCCGUAGUCAAAGGUACGAGAGGUAUCAACGCCGACAAUUCGAGAUCGUCGCUGGGAAGAGUCGAAGUGUCAGCUAUAACAGCGAGAGCGAGGGAGGUAGUGAGGGUCCGCCUCGUCGACGGGUCCGGGGGAAAGGGUCUAGGACGACCGGCGCGCAAAAGAAGAAGAAGAGGAAACCUUGCAAGGUCAUCGAUGUCGAUCUAGCCCUCGAUCAGAACCAAAAUCGAGGAGGAAGUGCCGAGAGCUCUGCCUCGUCUUCUUGGCGGGUCACCCCUUCUCCGCGUCUAUCCCCUCGAGCCGAGAGGAUAUACAAGGAGAAGUAUUUCUACGUCCUUUCCUACGAGCGGGAAGAUUCGGGGGAGACCAAGUUGGUCGAUCUGUUAGGUAUCUCUGAAGCGGACGAGAGAGCUUGGGAGGAGGAAAUGCAGGAUUGA